AUGAAGCUGAGGAGCAAACCAGAUGAAGAUGAGGCUGACUUCUUCCCUUGCCCUCCGAGGGAAAACUGGUCUGUUGGGUUGAUCAAAUUCAUCUCUUUUCUGGUCAUAUUCAUGGACGGGGUCGUCAUAGGCUUGUCAGCGAGUGGUCGCUUCACCCGUUCCUUCAAUUCACAGACCGAAAUCUUUUUCCCGAGUACAAUGUACAUGGCCAACUGUGAUAAGGAGUUUUUGAGCUUCAAGAGUUUUGUGACUCCUGAGCAUUUGAUGCAUAGUAUGACAGAUGAAGAGAUAUUCUGGAGAGCUUCUAUGGUGCCGAAGAUGGAAGAGUAUCCAUUUCAAAGGGUGCCAAAGGUGGCCUUCAUGUUCAUGACAAGAGGGCCUCUGCCCUUAGUGCAAUUGUGGGACAGAUUCUUCAAAGGCCAUGAGGGGCUGUAUUCAGUAUAUGUCCACACACUUCUUGAUUACAAACUUAAUGUCUCCGAAAGUUCUGCGUUCUACGGUCGGCAGAUCCCUAGCGAGGUGAGAUUCAUCUUUUGUUUUUGA